AUGUGGGGUGGGCUGGAUUUUUUUGUUUCCAUUGAAACGCUUGUGUCCUUCGCUAUCCCCCCCUCCCUGUGCCACGGUGGCGCGACAUCGGCGACGUCAGAGCCCGGCGACAAGGCGUGUGCGGUCAAGCGAGCUGGCAAUCCAACUGUGCGUCGGCUGCACUUCACUCGAGAACGGCGACUCACCCCUGUCUUUGCCUUUCCCAAUGCGACAUUGUUCUUGCAGGUACUCUUUUCCUCCGGCAACAAGGUGCACCUCAUGACUCCAUGGGACAAGGAGGACACGACGACGAUUCUCAAGUCCUUUGGCUGGGUGAGCUUCCUCGCCGAUGCCAGGCGUGUGUCGGUGGUCCCAGGCUCCUCGCAGUUCAGUUUCAGCAGCCUUGGCAUUGACCCUGCGGACUACACACGUACCGUCCUCGUCGUGGAGCAUGCGUCGCGCUGGAGCAGCGCAACGACGAUGCAACUCAUCGAGGUCCGUCACAUGAGUGAAGGACAGGACGUGGCAGACUCCAUGGAGCUACUGUACGCUCUCUCGCGCUGCAUCCUCUUUUCCGAGUGGUACCUGCGCUACCCCUCCUCGUCCAUUGCCAGCUGCGCGGCGCUCAGUAACACGACCGUCUUUGCUUUCUGCCGCUUCUUACUGGACGGCGCUGCGCCGGAUGCCGACUUGAUGCGGCUGGUCUGUUAUCACGGAGGUCGCAUUGUGCACACAGCGGCAGAGGCUACUCACAUCCUUGCUCUCCCGCCUCCACCGGCCGAGCGCGGUGCGCCGUCGAGCACGUCCUCUUCGACUGCGUCGUCCUCCACGUCUUCUUCGGGUGACGACAGCGGAAGCGAGAGCGACGAGCCGGACUGUCGCGUCCACAGCACAAGCACGGACACCAGUGACGAGGGACGUGAGGACAGCACAUAUGUGCCACACGAGAAAAGUGGUGAGCGGCCAGUUGGCGAUAGCGAUGCGCGUCGCACAUCGUUCGUUGCGCCCGCGGUGGCCACAGAGGGAACAGCGUCCCUGUCAGCACCAGGGCCCUCUGCAACGACACCGCAGAGACCGGCAGCUGGACCCAGCUCGGAGACUCAUGCUGCGGUGGCUCAGUCGUUAUCCGUGGCCUCUUCUGCUGCCACAAACGCUUCUCUCCAGCCCGCGAUUGUGACACCGUCGUGGGUCCACCGGUGCAUUCGAGCACUGCGGCUUGUCCCCAUCGAUUGCGCACCAGCGACUACCGCGCCGAGCGCUGGCGAGGAGGAGGGGCAGGGACAGGGAGGGCCACACGGCGGCGGCAAGGCGGAGGCGGCACACACAACAGGUGCACUCCUUUCUGCACUACUACCCCCCGCUGAUGCCAGGCCCUUGCUUUGGACAACGCUUCACUCCAUCGCUUCUCAACAUGGCUACGACACAGCUGCGCUUGUACAGCACACCACCACUGCUUCGCCCUUCAAGACCGUGACGGCUGCAUGUGUCUUGGAGGCUUUGACGAGCCCCGUGUACAGCGACGUUGUCGAGGUGCGACUGCAACCUCCGCCGAUAGCCGGGAAGACGACCGACUCGUCCUCGACAUCCUCCCGCUCACGUGGGGUGCCUGUCACGCGGCGCACGCUGGACUCGCUGAAGCUGUCCACCGCUUCUUCAGAGCUGGGCCGCAUUGCACUUCACCGCUUCGAGCGGCGGCGCGACAAGGAGGCCGUCUUUGCCCAUCUGCAGCUCAUAGCCUCGCAGUUCCUCUACUCCUUUGACUACGUGCAGCGGCAGCGGUCGCAGUCGCUGCACUGCCACGGAGGCACUCAGACAAGCGGCGUACGACGCGCGUUCAUGGGCACCAUGACCGAGGCGCAGCAGCCACCGGCCUCGCGGCUGCUGCCGGCAAACGAGCAGGAGACAGCGGGAGCAAGGGAAACGGCCGCUGCGGUUACGGGCGAUGUUCCGCUCAAGGAGCGUGAUUCAGCCUCUUCGUCUGCGAUGACGGCGGCGGCCAAGGCGGUGGAGCCGAUCACGAGUGAUGCGGCCGGCGCCGUGGACGAGAAGGAGUGGCGGCAUCAUUUGAGGAACGUCGAGGGGAAGUUGCUCAUGUCGCACGCCCACGUAAGUGAGAUGAGCGCUAAUCAGACGAAGCACUUCAGGGAUGGCGGCCCACGCAGUCGAGGUGUCGGCGAUGCCGAGGUGUGCGCGAAGGCUGUGCGAGCACCUGCGACGCAGUACAUCGAGCACGUGGAGAAGGCUGGGCUGCCCACGGUGAUGAUGGAGGAAGCUUUCACCCUGGCUCCGCCGUAUUCACCGAAGAUCGUCGCGGAGACCUCCCGUGACGAGCUGCUGCCUGCUCGUCCACCACCGGCACCGUCUUUGUUGAAGCCCCCCUCUUCGCUGCUGCCUCUGCCGCCCAUGGCGAAAUCAAUCGUCAACGGACGUGGCGGGGCGGACGCCUCGUUUGCGGAGUUUACGGCGUGCUUCAUUCCGACCUCGGUCCUGACGGCUGAUCAGCAGUGCGACUUCUAUUCCUUUCUGUGCUCGCUGCCGCUCUUCGAUUCGGCCGAGCUCGGCAACAGCGUCGUCCGUGUCGCGGAUGGCGUGCGGUGUCGGUUCGCCAACCACAAAGGCGCGAAGGAUUUCCUGCGCAUUGAGUUCAUCGAGUUUCUCUCCCUGCACCUUCCCAUCUACCCCGCCCUGGACGACUCGAUCGACGUGGAGGAUCUUCACAAGACCAUCAUGGAUUUUCCAUUGCUGCCUCUGCCGACGGCGCCUGAGGUGUCGCACGAGGAAGCCCAGUCACUGUGGACGGCACCGGCGCCGCCUGAGGCUACAGCGUGCGCCUCGCCGCCAGCAGUGCGCCCGCACACCUCGUAUUCGAGUGAGACGGGCCUCCGUCCGCCUCGCCACAGCCCACGUCCACCGUCUGCCCACCCAAGAUCACCGACGAAUCUCGGAAGUGACCUCACCCCCGCAUCUCAUGCGGGGCCGCAUGCUUCUCGGUGCGAUCUUCGCGCCGAGAGUCGGUGGAAGCGCCAGCGCGACGACAACAUCGCCGAGGAAUCGCCGCUGCCCGACGAUCGCCACCGCUCCCGUGACCGAUACCGCGGUGACCGUCACCGCAGUUCUUCCUCGCGCCACGUGGAGUCUUCGUCCUCCUCUCACCGCCGUCAUUACGGCGACGACCGCGGCGACCGCCACAGACUCUUGCGAGACGACUCGGAUCGAGGCUCGCGUAGUAGCGGGCAUCAUCGACAACACAGCCGGCGCGGGCGGCGCUAG